AUGACUUUUGACGCACAGGUCUUUGCCAGAUUCGAGAAAUGGGCGGUGAAGGAAAUCGAGCCAGGGUUCGUUCACGUCAUGUACAACAACCCUAAAACAUUGAAUGCCUACGCGGAGGAAGACUGGAGGGCGUAUCAUGAGAUCUUGACGCAGCUUGACAGCGAUGCGGACACGAACGUGAUCUUGAUCUCCUCGUCGUUCAGCAAGGCGUUUUCAUCGGGCUUGAACUUGAAAGCGGCAAUGCUGUUGGUGGAUACAGGCGAAAGCCAGACUUUUGCGCUGAAGAAAAACAAGAUGUAUGCGCAUAUUCGCGAGUUCCAGGACGCCAUUGCGACGCCUGCGCGCAUGAGGACGCCCACGAUUGCGUUGCUCAAUGGCGUGUGCUACGGCUUGGCCAUAGACAUUGCUUCUGCGUGCAGCAUCCGGAUUGCCACGCAAGACGUGAGGUUCUCGAUCCGAGAGAUCAAGAUCGGCAUCGUCGCGGAUAUGGGCUCGUUGCAGCGAAUCACAAAUCUCGUCGGCAACAAGUCGUUGGUGCACCAGUAUGCGUUGACAGGAGAGGUGUUUGGCGCGGAGCAGGCGCUCGGCUUGGGGUUUGUGAGCGAAGUAGUGCCCGACUUCGACGCCGGCAUCGCGCGCGGUUUGGAGCUAGGCCAGGACAUCAACUCGAACCCGCAGUGGGCAAUCAAGGGGACGAAAGAGUCAAUCCAAUUCAUGGUGGACGGGGGUGGUCACGAGCAGGGCUUGUUGAACAUUGCCGAGUACAACGCUGUGCACUUGGUGGGAGGGCUCCCGGCCAAUGGCUUUGGCAAGCCCAAACUCUAG